CAACAGCUAGGGGGAGAGAGGCUUAGUUUUAGAGUUGUGUGGGUAAUAGUGAAGAUGGACUCCCAAGUGUGUCAGAACUACCACAAGGACUGUGAGGCUGCUGUUAACAAGCAGAUCAACCUGGAGCUCUAUUCCUCCUAUGUUUACCUCUCCAUGUCCUCUUACUUUGACCGGGAUGAUGUUGCCCUGCGUCACUUUGCUGAGUUCUUCAAGGAGCAGUCCCAUGAGGAACGGGAACACGCUGAGAAACUGAUGGAAUUCCAGAAUCAACGUGGAGGCAGAGUCCUCCUGCAGGAUGUCAAGAAGCCAGAGCAGGAUGAGUGGGGCAAUGGUCUGGAGGCAAUGCAGAGAGCUCUGCAGUUGGAGAAGGAUGUGAACCAGAGUCUGCUGGAUCUGCACAAACUCUCCUCUGACCACACGGACCCUCAUCUGUGUGACUUCCUGGAGAGGCACUACUUGGAUGAGCAAGUGAAGAUGAUCAAGAAGCUGGGAGAUCACAUCACCAACCUGAAGAGACUGGGAGCCCCUGAGAAAGGCCUGGGAGAGUACCUGUUUGACAGGCUCACCCUGGGGGAGAGUGACUGAACUGACUGCAGGGAUUGAACUAAGUGGAGAAACUUGUAGAGCUGCUGCUUCUAAUACACGAAGUGUCCUGGGCUCUAUAUUGUAAAUUACUAAAUAAACAAUUCCCCAAUGGAUUGGGGUUUUUCUUUCUUGUG